AUGGCCAGGCGGAGAAAGAAAUCAAAGGCAGCGUCUGCUGCCAAGUCUAGAGACAAGGAAAACUCACCCAUGAUAACCGAAAAGUCCCUUCCCGCUCUUCCACCCAGCGCGAUUCCUCCAAACGCCUUUUCAAAUGAUCGUGUCGAUCCCGAUUCCGACACGCCAACCGAGCUCUCCCCACGCCCUCGCGCUACACAUAGACACAACGAAUCUUCGUCACGGGGCAGUUCAAGACCUGCCCGCUCGCCGGAGAGAUCAGAUACCACUAGCAAGCCUGAAGGACUGGGCCUACCCGCCACUACCUACCGAAAGAAUCGCAACUCAACCAUUUAUCAGAGUCCCAACUCCGGGCCCGAAGAGGGACCUGAAAGCUUCUUCAUACCCGUGGCCCUCGACCCCAGCCCGGCCCUCACCGGUACACCAAGAUCUGCAUCCGACAAUGCGACCGAGAACGGCAGACGAAAGGACAGAGACUACUGUGGUGUUUCAAAAGGGUCAGGGUCCGAUAAGCGAGACGACUCGCAGUCAUCCACUCCUCACAUCGCAUUCCAAGAAAAAGGACGGCAGCCCUCCUCAGAUCUCGAUGUAGCGCGUCUCAAGUCUGGCAAAUUUACCAAAAACUCUGAACAAGACCAGCGAAAAGCCUCCGUAUCUGGCGAUGAGUUCAGGCUUCAGGAUGCUCCGGUAAAGAAAAGGGGGCUGUCAACUCGCAGCAACAGCUCUCACUCAUCUACUCCGCAAGAGGGCUCAUCUGGAAAGACUUCGAAUGGCGUUGUGCGAAAGGAUGGUCACUCGAACCUGUCUGAGGCCAGGAAAGCCAAUGAAUCUCGCACGUCUGAAGAUACGGAUGGUGCAAAAAGUGGCUCUCGCUCAGAGUCCAGCAAAGCCAUUACGCGGAAGGAACUCCCUGCAUCCGCGAGUAUGAAUUCCAUCGGACAACGUAGUUCUCGAUCCGGUCAGUCAGAACAAAACAACUUGAGCGACUCUUACACACAGCCUCGAACCGCACCGCCGCCGCCGCCCACUGAACAAGUUCAAACACCAAGAAAGAGUUCAGGCAGCUCAAAGGAUCCAUCUGAACCCAAGACCUCCCCGAAACUACCCAGAUGGAGCAAUGGAGGGGACUUCAGCAUGGACGAAGAUAUGGCUAGAAUCCUAGGUACUGAUGAAGGUUCUUCCUCUAUUCUGCGGCGAGUUUCCAACGUCGUACGCCACGGCCGCACUGGCAGCGUGGAAACCGGCCAACCCCAUUCCGGGAGAGUCAACCACGCCAGAAGUAUCAGCGAAACCACCAGAGCCACUGUAUCGCCAAGGUGGCCCAAGACCCCUAUGGGGGAUGACCAUCCCGGCAUGCCCCACGAUAUCAGCAGCCCCAUCUCCUUGACCCCUCCCGAUGACGCCGCAAUGCUGAAGCGUCAACUUAGAAAUUCCGAGCAGCGUGUCGCUGAGCUCGAGAGGCAGUUCAACACGGAAAAGGACCUCAAGAGCCUCAACAAGAAGCUGGUCGAAAAGCGCAAGACGGUAUCUGUGCUUGAUACGCAGACUGAGAUUAUGAUUCGUCAGCUGGAGGUUCUUGCUGGCUAUGUCGAACGCGCUAAGGAGACUAAGACGCCGAUUGAUCCUCGAGAGCUGGAGGAUUCGGCCAUCAAAGACUUUGUGAAUAAGUUAGAUGCCGUCAAGGAGACCAUGUCAGAAGCCAUUGAGAAGCUUCACGAGGAACGAGACCAGCUUGUUGAGGAGAAGAACCAGGCCAUAGCGGACAGAGACCGUGCGCUCAUGGAAUUUGAGCAACUAUCAUCCAAGAAUGCUCAAUUAGCAGACAUGAAUAACGAUCUCACGCAUCAAAUCCAGGAGCGCUUCAAGUCACAAAUUGGAGAUCUCAAGUCACCCAACGGAUUAGGCAUAUAUGGUCCUACCAAAUCUGGUGGUGCAUCGUCGAUCAAUCUGGAUACUUCAAGCUUGAAUACUGGGACCACACUGGUGGGCGAUGAAGAGCCGAUUGUUGAAAGUGGUCCUACAGUCGUACAAGUCAGAAAGGGCCAAGCCAAGAAGUUUAACUGGAAGAAGGGCUCCAAGACAAUGGCACAGAACGUUGCAAAGGGCGUGAACAGGGCCGUAGUCGCCUUCCAGCAAAACGAUCGCGAGAGGAUGCAGCAUCAGGGAUUGGUUGGAGACAACAUUGGCCUGCCCUACAAUAUGACGGUCACACAGGUAGAGACUGCAACUCCCAGCGCACUCAAUGGUCAGAACAGGCAGCAGCACAUGGAUCCUGGCAGGCAAGGCUUUGGCUUCUUUGGCAAGAAAAACGCAAUGCCGAAGUCCGCCUCGUCCAACACCGUGGCACUGGCGGCGGCGGCGGAACCGGCAUCAAUCCUCUUUGGAUCGGACCUGGUCGAGCGGACCGAGUACGAGCGCCGGCAAAUCCCUGCCGUGGUCACUCGUUGUAUUGAAGAAGUUGAGCUUCGAGGAAUGGAUCAGGAGGGUAUCUACCGCAAGACUGGUGGUAAUUCCCAGGUUAACAUGAUCAAGGACGGCUUUGACAAGAAUGAAAACUUUGACAUCUCUGACCCAGACUUGGAUAUCACUGCUGUCACAAGCGUAUUGAAGCAGUAUUUCCGGAAAUUGCCUACUCCGCUACUGACAUUUGAUGUAUAUGAAAGGGUUUUGGAGUCGAAUGCAAUUGCCGAUGAGACAGAGAGGUGCAGCCAUCUUAGGAAGACCUUUGCCUCAAUGCCGGAAAGGCACAGCGACUGCCUUGAAUUCCUCAUGUUCCAUCUCAACCGCGUUGCCUUGCGCGAACCGGAGAAUCUAAUGUCACCAAAGAACUUGGCCGUCGUGUUUGCGCCGACCAUCAUGCGAGACCUGAGCAUUGAACGCGAGAUGACGGAUAUGCACGCCAAGAACAUUGCGGUUCAAUUUGUUAUUGAGAACACCAACAGAAUCUUUGACGAUUCAUGA